AUGUGGGGUGCCGCCGGCGGGCCCGGUACAUGUGCGGAGCCUGACAUCGACACCUUGCUCGAGGAUGAGAUGGAGGCACAAGCGACCGGCCACGGUGCGAAAGGGUACGAGGAGGAGUGCAACCAGGCUCGGCUGCAUGACGAGAUGACCAUGGGAGAGUACCGGGCGAGGAAAGCCAGGGAAUGGGAUGAUUGGGUGACGUGGGAGGGCGAGCCGGGUCGGGAUCGCAAGCGCCGGGUUAUACAAGUGGACUUGGCGUCGGGGGUGGGGGGACCACGGGUGGCAAAAGUGCUCCGAGUGCCGGUGCAGGAAGGACUGGCUACCGCACUGACCAUGACUGUGAACCUCGAGGAGCCCUAUGAGGAGGAGGAUGCGGCCACAUCGCCACAGCUGGGUCAGGAGGUUAAUCCAGUGCUUGGCCCGGAGUUGCCGAAUGAUGACGUGGGGGACCCGACAGAAGCGAGCACAGUCUUGGUACAUCCGCCGGCGGCUGGCUACGAGGGCAACAUGGGAGGUGAUAUCUCGGCUAGCAUGACGAUGCAUCAGCACAAUGAUGUUUACCGGAGAUGGCGAGGCCGAGAAAUCACGGACCGUGAAAACCAGUGCAUUGUCUCGAUGGCGGAUGACGAGGACACGUUAGCGCUCUUGGCUGGUCACGAUGCAGCUACAAUGCCGAUGCCGGCGGUGGUGGACAAUGGUAUGGGGUUGGCCACUCAGAUGGAGUCCGAGCCAGAAGGGAUGCAGAAUGAAUGA